AUGCCACCUCCCGUUGGCAGAUAUGGGCCAUCUGGCUUGAACGCUCCAUACAACAUACAACAAGCUCACCUCCAAUCUCAACACCCCGCGCACGCACAAUCUGGAAAUACGCUACCUCCCCCUUCGCUUGGUCAUCCUGGCUUCGCAGGCAAUCCGAAUACCAACAUCAACCCUUUUACACUAUCCGGCGGAAUUGCAAAUGGUAUGGCGGUAGGCGGUUUUCCAGGAUCUGGCGCAGGUGAUGGCGGCGGCACCGGUCUGGCUAGUCAUGCGGCACAGAUGGGAUUCGCGCGCGGUGCGCAAAUGCAACAACAACAACAACUACACCAGGGCCACGACGGUCGGUUAGCGCUCGAAGCAAAGGGUGGUGCAGUGAAGUCAAGAAUCAGAGAUGUCUGGAAGCACAACCUGGCUCAUGAGAUGGCGGUACUGAGGCAGUUGGUCGACAAGUACCCUUACAUCAGCAUGGACACCGAAUUCCCUGGUAUUGUUGCUCGGCCGAUUGGAUCAUUUUCGAACAAAGCGGAUUACCAUUAUCAGACCCUCCGAUGCAAUGUCGAUCUUCUGAAGAUGAUCCAACUAGGCAUCACUUUAUUCAAUGACGAAGGAGAGGUUCCCCCAGCCUCAGGUACUGAUGCCAAUGGGCAAGCGUAUGGUGUGCCCGCCCCCUGCACAUGGCAGUUCAACUUCCGAUUUUCACUCGAAGGAGACAUGUACGCCCAGGAGUCAACAGCCAUGCUUGCCAAAUCUGGAAUCGAUUUCGCCAUGCACGAAAAGAACGGCAUUGAUCCUUUCGAGUUCGGCGCUCUUCUGAUUAGCUCUGGGUUGGUGCUGUUGGAUGACGUCCACUGGGUUUCUUUCCACUCCGGGUACGACUUUGGCUACUUGAUGAAGAUCAUGCUCUGCUCCCAACUUCCAGAAAAUGAAGAGGAGUUCCACAAGCUUCUUACCAUCUUCUUCCCGUCACUGUACGACAUCAAGUACCUCAUGAAACAUGCCGGUCGCAACCAAGCCGUCAACGGUUCUCCUCUCCCUCAGGCUGCAGUACAGAUUCUGACCAACCUAGGCCAGAAAUCUGGUUUGCAAGACAUUGCCGAUGAACUUGGCGUCAAACGCGUUGGAAUUGCUCACCAGGCUGGCUCGGACUCCCUAGUGACCGGCGAGAUCUACUGGAAGACUCGCCAGCUCAUUUUCGGGGGAAAUUGA